UUGAUGCUGUCUUGUUUACGUUCGGUCUUUGCUAGCUGUCAUUUUCAUCCGCAAAACAUCAAUCAAUCGACCUGUACGAAGUGAACGAAAAUUCAGACCCAAGGCAUUCGCAGACAUCGAAUAUUUACUGUUUUUAUCUUCUCUAACCACGCAGCAAUUGUAUUCAAUAUAUUUACUAUUCACGCAUUAAUAUUUGUUAGCGACUGUGGAUUGGGAUUCACUGCAAAACAUCAAUCAACAUAGAACCUAUACGAAAGACAGACAUGCACGAUAGACAUGAAAGUUCAGAUGCGAGCAUAAGAUAAACGAGAUAUCAAUUUUCUACGAGAGGUUUCAAAAAUCUGUCCUGAGUUUGUCAGUGGAUUCAACCUUGCAAUGGACAGACAAGACACCACGAACGACCGUGGAGCCGAGUCUUAUCUUCCUGGAGAUCUCACCCUCUGCAACGAGAUCCUCGUGGGGGGAAAUCGCCACGCCUCCUGUGUCUAUAUAAGCUGCUACUCCGAUGUGGAAACCUCACUUGCACCCCGGCCACGGCCAGGAUAAGGUACACGACAUCCACGGGAACUAUCCUUCUCGCCUCGAGCCGGAACUCUCAGCAAGGAUCAAUCGUUUACAAGCAGCACUAUCCGAACGAAGUCAUGAAGUUCUGUUUGUUGUGGUUGUUCUUCUUGCUGGUGGUCCUCGCUGAUGGGACCCUUGGUAGCCCCUAUAUCGACGAUGAGGAAGACUCGUUACAAGUCGCAGAUUCCGAUUAUACAGAUAACGCAUUAGAAAAUUUGAUGCGAGCUGCUCAACAGAAACGUACCUCGUUGAUUUACUUGUUUAGGCGAGCCUGCAUAAAACGUGGCGGAAAUUGUGACCAUCGGCCAAAAGACUGCUGUAACAGCUCCAGUUGCAGAUGCAAUUUAUGGGGCUCGAAUUGUCGGUGCCAACGAGUGGGGUUGUUCCAGAAAUGGGGCUAAACGCGUCUUCCGUUUCCUACGUUCUUCCGACGAAAAUAUUUCUCUCAGCACGCAACGACUCUCUUGCACGAUUUAAUAUCAUUUUUUACACUUUUUAUACUUUUCUUUUGAUUUCGUAUUUUUUUAUAUUCUCAGUUUUC